CAACAAACAAGAUAAAAGGUAUUGACAAGGUAACUGACUGAUCGUUUCAAUAUCGCUGGUUAACAUAAGAAUCGAUAUCUUUAUAUAUCGUCGCACUAAUCCCAAAUGAAAGGAAAUUAUGAGAGUAGCAGUAGCGAGAGUUGGCUCCAUACAAUUGUAGGGGUGGGCUACUUGGAUGCGACACCGCAGAACCUGCUUCUUCGUACUUACCCGGUCAUUCAAAUUUCCAUUGUCGUUCUCUCGCAUUCAUCCUCCUAUUAAGUCCGUAUUUGUCUGCUUUAUCGCCCUCCCCCCAGAAAAAGACAUGAUGCUGUAUUUGUUAAAGAAGUUUUUUUUUUUGGUGCUCGGUUACAUACAUACUCGUAUUCGGAACAACCUUACUAUAUAAUUCGGCUUUCCGACAUCAUCAUUAAUGCAAAUCAAAACACACAGUUAUUUAUUAAUGCAAAAG